GAGGCUUUUACUGAUUGUCAGAAAUCACUGUUUCCUAUUUUUCAGUUUGGAACAUAUGAAAUGAGUUGAGCAUGCUUUAUAUUUCCCAGAAUUAGCAAUUUUCUGUCUUUGGAAAGUUUUAGAGGGAGGAGCUCAGAGGUGCUGUGGGAGGGACUAAAAUUCAUACUAAAGUUUUGGCACCAGAGGGAGAAUUGUCAGAGUAGAAGGUUUCUUCUGAGGUUUUGCUUUUUGUAUUUUUAUUUUUUUUAAUAGAGGAUGCUAAGUAUUUAUGUUCAGAUUCUUCUAAUAAUUCUCUUUUGGAAUGCUGAUUGUCAGAUUAUUCCCAGAAUUGAAGAAUGUGGACUUUCAUGUUCUCAGGGGAUUCACUGCAAAACCAAACCUUCUGGUGGCAUUUUUAACAGCUUCUGCCAUGAUGCUCCUGCAUCUUUAUCUUCUAUGGUAUUGAAAAGCAUGAAGGUCUCAACAGUGAUGAAAUGUGUCCAAGGAAGCCCAUGCUCUCUUCAUUUAAACAUUAAAGGAACACUGAGUUUGGAUGAGAAUGUCCGUGGGCUGGAAAUAUGUUCUUUUUCAUUGGACACACAGCAAUCUCAGUGCAUAAAUGUGAGAUUCACUAGGAAAAAAAGCAAGAUGCUUAAUGGAAAGAAGGUACAGGUAGAGUUCAAUUGCAUUGAAGUCAAUGUAGCACAACACAUCUAUGUGACCAUGAAAACUGUACCACAUUACUGUGAAGUCAAGCUGAGUCAGCAAUACUAUGUUGAAGAUUGCAGAAACAGUGAUGUGGGAAAAUAUAUUCCAGCUUGUUCAGCUGGAAAGUUGGAUUAUAAUUUAGACAAGGCAAGGAAAAUUGUAACAGUGCAUGUAUCCAACUUUCCCCGAGAUCAAGAUUAUUAUGUUCGCUUGUGCCACAAAUGGUUCACCUGUGAAGAUGUUGGGGCAUUUGCUGUGAUAAAAGGAAAGGAAUCUUUUAAAUCUGUUUCUUUGAAAUAUUCUCAGCUACUCCCUUGUCUUUGCAUUGAGGGUUGGCUGGCACUUCCAGAUGCAAGGAGAAUACAACUUUGCCCCUUUGAAAAUGAUACACAGGUGCUGUGGGACAGUAUUGUUUAUAACCCAUUGACACAAACCCUUGCUUGGGAGCCAGCCUGUCCUGUUCCUGUCAUGGUUAACCUAUGCAGGUUCACCAAGUCAAAUGACCAUUGUGAAGAUAUAGAGAACUCUUUCAAAAAUUCUCCUGAGAAACAGGUUAAAUAUUCUCGUGUGGACACUCACCCAAGACUUUGCAUGAAGUUUACGACCAAACGAGGAUCUUGGAUUAAAUGUCCAUUUACUCAUGGAGAAUUUCCAGCCUGGAAAAUGAGGACUGCUGCAGUUGCAGAACACAUACAAGUUUUCUUCACAUCCCAAACCAAGGCACGGUUCUCAGUGCUUGUGUGUAACAGGACGCAGAUGGCUUCGUGUGAAUCUCUUGGGAUGCACCAUUCAGUCUCUGUGGGAGAUUCUGUUUCAAUUGCUGUGUCACGGGAAAUGUGUGGGUCCACAAUUUGCAUUCAGGGCUGGAGAACAGAUGUAGAUUAUUCAGUUCCACUGCAGAUCUGUGAUACCUACUGUGGUUUUCAUGGUCAGUCACACAGUGAUGGAAGCCCACUAAAGGCCAUGACACACAGGAUGAAGAGUGUGCAGUCCCUGCAUUGA